GAAGAGGAUACAGAAAGGAGCUUUAUCUCCAAAAUAAAAUGGCAAAGAUAUGGAUGAUUACGUUUAUGUUGAAACACUGUUACAAAUUAGCAACUGCAGCUUAAAUAUUUCAUUUUCUCCAGUGAAAAGCAGGAAAAAGAUGCUUCAACAUGGAAAAGCUAGAUUCCUUAGUGGCCAACACCAUCCAAAUUAACAAUGACCCUAAGGGCCCCUUAUUGCCUCUAAAAUAACUUGAUUGAUGGCAAAUUCUCAUAUCAACUAAUCCCUAUACGUCACUCCCUUCUUUUAUGCCCUCUUUCUCUAGUCCCCAUGCACCUCUCAUCCAACAAAAACAUAAAAAAUACACACAGGCCUUAUUCUAAACUGACAGAUUUUUCUCUUAUCUGGGGUUGUCAAUAGUUGUCUUUCUUUCUUCUCCACUUCGAGUUCCAAUGGAGAUUUUCCAUUGCAUGUACUUCGGGGUGCUCUUGGCCUUGACAUGCAUAGUUGCGGUUGUUUUGGCUGAUGAUCCUUACUCAGAGGCUCUUUUGAGCUUAAAAUCUGAGCUCAUUGAUGAUGAUAGCAGCUUGGAUGAUUGGCUAGUGCCUCCUGGAGGAAACACAGAAGAGAAAAUCCAAGCAUGCUCUUGGUCUGGUGUCAAAUGCGACAAGAACUCCACAGUUGUUGUUGCUUUAGACCUGUCUAUGAAGAAUCUUGGAGGUGAAUUGACAGGGAAACAGUUUGGUGUCUUUGCGGAGCUUGUUGAUCUUAACCUCAGCUACAACUCAUUCUCGGGGCAGCUUCCAGUGGGAAUAUUUAACCUCACAAAUCUAAAAAGCUUUGAUAUCAGCAGAAACAAUUUUUCUGGCCAGUUUCCGGGUGGAAUCUCCAGUCUUCGUAACCUGGUUGUGCUUGAUGCCUUCAGCAAUAGCUUUUCUGGGCCGUUGCCAGUUGAGGUUUCCCAGCUUGAAUAUCUCAAAGUUUUCAAUCUGGCUGGGAGUUACUUUGAUGGACCAAUCCCAUCGGAGUAUGGUUCUUUCAAGAGCCUUGAGUUUAUUCACCUGGCAGGUAACUCCCUCAGUGGUAAUAUACCGCCGGAGCUAGGCCAACUCAAGACAGUGACCCAUAUGGAGAUUGGCUACAAUUCAUACGAGGGAAGUAUCCCAUGGCAAAUGGGUAACAUGAGUGAGCUUCAAUAUCUUGAUAUAGCUGGUGCAAAUCUAUCUGGCCCAAUACCAAAGCAACUCUCGAAUCUCACCAAGCUAGAAUCACUAUUUCUCUUCAGAAACCAGCUCACUGGAUUGGUCCCCUGGGAGUUUAGACAAAUUGUGCCUCUCGCCAGCUUAGAUCUUUCUGAUAAUCAACUUUCUGGGCCUAUACCUGAGAGCUUUGCAGAGUUGAAGAAUCUCAAGCUGCUAAGCCUUAUGUACAAUGAAAUGAAUGGCACUGUUCCACCAGGCAUUGGUCAGCUUCCUUCACUGGAAACGCUCCUUAUAUGGAACAAUUUCUUCUCUGGUUCACUUCCAAAUGACUUGGGCAAGAACUUGAAGCUGAAAUGGGUGGAUGUUUCAACCAACAAUUUCAUCGGCAGCAUUCCACCGGAUAUUUGUGCAGGAGGGCUAGUAAAACUGAUCCUGUUUUCAAAUAACUUUACAGGCAGUCUCACACCAUCCAUCUCCAAUUGCUCUUCGCUUGUGCGUCUACGAAUUGAAGACAAUUCCUUCUCCGGUGAGAUCCCUCUUAAAUUCAGCCACCUUCCUGAUAUCACAUAUGUGGACCUUUCCAGGAACAAGUUUACCGGUGGGAUUCCCACAGAUAUCUCUCAAGCUUCCCGUCUGCAGUACUUCAAUAUCUCCAAUAAUCCAGGGCUUGGAGGUAUGAUCCCAGCAAAAACAUGGUCUUUGCAGCUUCUCCAAAAUUUCUCAGCGUCAGCAUGUAACAUCUCAGGCAAUCUUCCUCCAUUCCACUCCUGCAAAUCUGUUUCUGUUAUUGAAUUGCGCAUGAACAAUCUAUCAGGAAGUGUCCCUGGAGAUGUUUCUAAUUGCCAAGCUCUUGGAAAGAUGGAUUUAGCUGAUAAUAAGUUUACUGGUCAUAUACCAGAAGAUCUUGCAAGCCUUCCAGCUUUAAGUGUCCUAGACCUGUCACAUGAUAAUUUCAGUGGUCCAAUACCAGCGAAGUUUGGUGCUUCUUCAAGCUUGGUACUUCUAAACGUGUCUUUCAAUGAUAUCUCCGGUUCCAUUCCCUCCAGCAAUGUGUUUAAACUGAUGGGAACCAGUGCAUAUCAGGGAAAUCCGAAGCUAUGUGGAGCACCUUUGGAACCAUGUUCUGCUUCCAUCACGAUAUUUGGCAGCAAAGGCACAAGAAAGCAUACGUGGAUUCUGCUACUAUGUGCAGGGGUGGUUGUAUUAAUUGUGGCAUCAGCCUUCGGGGUAUUCUACAUCCGGAGAGGAAGUAAAGGUCACUGGAAAAUGGUCUCCUUCAGUGGACUCCCCCGAUUUACAGCAAGUGAUGUUUUGAGGAGCUUUAGUUCCACAGAAUCAAUGGAAGCAGUGCCACCAGAAUCUAAUUCAGUUUGCAAAGCAGUGCUGCCCACAGGAAUAACAGUUUCAGUGAAAAAGAUUGAACUGGAAGCAAAGACAAUGAAGAAAGCCACAGAAUUUAUGACACGACUGGGUGUUGCAAGACAUAAAAAUUUGAUUAGAUUGCUAGGGUUUUGCUACAACAAGCAACUAGCUUAUGUCCUAUAUGAUUAUCAGCCUAAUGGUAACUUGGCUGAAAAAAUCACUUUGAAGAGAGAUUGGGUGGCCAAGUACAAACUCGUCAUUGGCAUUGCCAGGGGACUGUGCUUCCUUCACCAUGACUGCUAUCCGGCAAUUCCUCAUGGAGAUUUGAAGUUGAGUAACAUAUUGUUCGACGAAAAUAUGGAGCCUCAUUUGGCUGAUUUUGGAUUCAAAUACCUGGUAGAAAUGACUAAAGGCUCAUCUCCUGCAACAAUUUUCAUGGGAGAAACAGGCGAACUGAACAGUUCCAUAAAAGAGGAGCUCUACAUGGACAUAUACAGAUUUGGGGAGAUCAUUCUGCAAAUCCUGACUAAUUUGGCAAACGCAGGAGGGACAAUACAUAGCAAGCCUAAGGAGGUACUUCUAAGAGAAAUAUAUAGUGAGAAUCAAACUGGUUCUACUGAUUCAACACAAGAAGAGAUAAAACUGGUUCUUGAAGUUGCUUUGCUCUGCAUAAAAAGUAGGCCAUCUGAUCGGCCAUCCAUGGAAGACGCACUGAAGCUUUUAUCAGGGAUGAAGUCACAAAGAAAAUAGCAGCAGAUAUAUUAAAACAAAGUCCAUACUGUGCAUUUCAUAAUGCCACAUAUCACUGGGCAUGAUAGGUGUGACUUUUAGCUAAUUCAUAUGAGUGUCUGUUUGUAUUUGAUUAUCAUACGUAGCUUGUUCCCGUAGUGAUUACUGGAAAUAUUUUGCUGUAAUAUAUAGCGCCCUAUAAGUUUGUGUAUUUUUAUCUUAUAGAUGUUAACUACAUGGUUUUUUUUUUCCAUGUUUGAUGUAAAACUUUUGGCAUUAUAAAGUUCAAUUUUCUA